AUGCUGAAGAGCAACUGCCUGCUGUUGUUCCUGUGCUUCCUGUUUGAGAAGGGCCCUUCUGCUCCUCUCCACUCAGGGCCCACAACUCAAAACCAGAGUAGGCCAGUGCCUAACUGGCCCCAUAAUUCGGCCUCCAUGUCAAGAGCGGGGCACAGUGGAGGAAAUGGAGGUUUCCAGAGGGUCAAGAGAGGAUGGGUAUGGAACCAGUUUUUUGUCCUGGAGGAGUACAUGGGAUCCGACCCACAGUAUGUGGGCAAGCUACACACAGAUCUGGAUAAAGGGGACAGCGUGGUGAAAUACACUCUCUCAGGAGACGGAGCCGGCACCAUCUUCACCAUUGAUCAGACAACUGGAGACAUUCAUGCCUUACGCAGCCUGGACAGAGAGGAGAAGCCUUAUUACACGCUUCGAGCCCAGGCUGUGGAUAUCCACACCAACCGGCCCCUGGAGCCUGAGUCUGAGUUCAUUAUCAAGGUGCAGGACAUCAAUGACAAUGAACCGAAGUUUCUGGAGGGCCCUAACACGGCCAGCGUACCUGAAAUGUCUCCUGUGGGCACAUAUGUGACAAAAGUAACAGCAACGGAUGCAGACGAUCCAACUUAUGGCAACAGUGCGAAAGUGGUGUACAGCAUCCUCUAUGGCCAGCCAUACUUCUCUGUGGAUCCUGAAACAGGGAUUAUCAGAACUGCUCUACCCAAAAUGGAUCGAGAAGUGAAGGAGCUCUAUCAGGUUCUCAUCCAGGCCAAAGACAUGGGAGGCCAGUUGGGAGGUCUGGCUGGAACCACCACCAUCAACAUCACCCUAAGUGACGUCAAUGACAACCCACCCAGAUUCUCCAAAAAUACGUUCCACUUGCGUGUGCCCGAGUCCUCAGUGGUGGGCUCUUCGGUUGGCAAGAUCCAAGCCCACGAUCUCGACAUUGGCAAGAAUGCUGAGGUAGAAUAUACAAUUGUCCCCGGGGAUGGAGGAGUCAUGUUUGACAUCGUGACUAAUGAACACAACCAGGAGGGCAUCAUUAUUCUCAGACGGCCUCUCGACUAUGAGACAAAAAAGGCCUAUACAUUCACAGUGGAGGCAUCAAAUGCACACAUAGAUCCCCGCUUUCAUAGCUUUGGUCCAUUUAAAGACACCGCAACAGUCAAGAUUAAUGUUCUGGAUGUGGAUGAGCCUCCUGUAUUCAGUAAGUUCUCCUACACGAUGGAUGUUUAUGAGGACACACCAGCGGGCACUAUUAUAGGAGCAGUGACCGCUCAAGAUCUGGAUGCAGGAAGCAGCCCGGUCAGGUAUUCGAUUGACUGGAAGAGUGACUUGGAUAGCUAUUUUGACAUUGACCCUGUGAUUGGCACGAUCUCCACCAACGAGCUUUUGGACAGAGAGAACAGAGCCCAACAUAACAUUUCAGUUGUGGCAACCAAAGUUAAUAAUCCAGUCCUGUCCAGCAAAGUGUCCGUCAAUGUUCAAGUGCUGGAUGUUAAUGAGUUUCCUCCAGAGUUGGCGAUACCAUACGAGACCUAUGUGUGUGAAGGUGCUAAAGUAGGUCAGGUGAUUCAGGUCAUCAGUGCACAAGACCAGGACCUUCCAAUGGUGGAACAAAAAUUCUCCUUCAAACUGCCACCAGAAGAGAUAAACAACAAGAACUUUACCAUCAAAGAUUUCAGAAACAACACAGCAGGGAUUGUAACCUUACGUAGCGGUUUCCGGCGCCGUGCUCAGGAGAUCUACCACCUCCCCGUGAUAAUUGAGGACAGUGGUUACCCAACACAGAGCAGUACGAGCACUCUGACCAUUCGUGUAUGUGGCUGUGAUUCUAAUGGCUUCCUGCUGACCUGUAGUGCAGAAGCCAUCUUCCUCCCAGUGGGACUCAGUACUGGAGCACUAAUUGCAAUCCUGCUUUGCAUUAUUAUACUAUUGGUGAUUGUUGUGCUGUACAUGGGGGUGCGCAAGCAGAAGAAAAAGGAGACGCUAAUGACCUCGAAAGAGGACAUCCGGGACAACGUUAUCCACUAUGACGACGAAGGUGGGGGCGAGGAGGACACCCAUGCUUUCGACAUCAGCACACUUCGAAACCCUAAAGCUGUCAAAGAGAACCGCUUUCGGCGUGAUGUUAAACCAGAGGCCAGCUCUGUUCCUCAGCCACCGGUGGUCUCACAGGACAGUUCAGACCUCCAGAAGUUCAUCAGCCAAAAGUUGCAAACAUAUGACGGAGAUAACUCCGCUCCUCCUUAUGACUCACUGGCCACCUACGCUUACGAGGGUGAGGGAUCUGUAGCCGAGAGCCUAAGUUCAAUAGAGUCGUUACACGGUGAGACAGAGGAGGAUUACAAUUACCUCAAUGAGUGGGGACCUCGCUUUAAAACCCUCGCAGGGAUUUUUGGAGAAUGUUCACAAAGUCAGACAGAUAUCACGUCCACCAGCACCACCACCACUGAAAACAAACAUUGAUGCUGACUGCUUUUCAGACUUAUACACAGAUGUUUAUUUAUUAACGUAAUUUUCUUGUCAUUGUUUUAAUAUUUUAUUUUGUAAUAUUUUCUUAUAGUUACGGUUCCCUUUACAGUGUGUGUUAUGGGACAUAAUCAGACCUCAGUGCUGAGUUUGUAUUCAAAAAAAACAUUAUUCCUGAGAAA